CCUAUUUUUGCGGGUGGACUUUUUUCGCGGAAUUGACCAUCAUCUCGCAACAACACCUAUUCCCACCAACCAACCCUUCCACGUUCGGUACUGUCCAUUCUUGCGCGGAAAUCGACCGGUCGCAAAUAUGGCUGUAGGAAAGAACAAGAGAUUGUCCAAGGGCAAGAAGGGUCUCAAGAAGAAGACUCAGGACCCCUUCGCCCGCAAGGAUUGGUUCCAGAUCAAGGCGCCUGCGCCCUUCAACAUCCGAGAUGUCGGCAAGACUCUCGUCAACCGAACUACUGGUCUCAAGAACGCCAACGAUGCGUUGAAGGGCCGUGUCGUCGAGGUUUCGCUGGCCGAUCUGCAGAAAGAUGAGGACCACGCAUUCCGCAAGAUCAAGCUCCGUGUGGACGAAGUUCAGGGCAAGAAUUGCCUGACCAACUUCCACGGUCUUGACUUCACCUCCGAUAAGCUGCGAUCUUUGGUGCGAAAGUGGCAGUCCCUGAUUGAGGCCAAUAUCACGGUCAAGACCACCGACGACUACCUCCUCCGCCUCUUCGCCAUUGCCUUCACCAAGCGCCGCCCCAACCAGGUCAAGAAGACCACCUACGCCGCCUCAUCUCAAAUCCGUGCCAUCCGCAAGAAGAUGACCGAGAUCAUCCAACGUGAGGCCGCUACCUGCACUCUGCAGCAACUCACCGCCAAGCUCAUCCCCGAGGUUAUCGGUCGUGAGAUCGAGAAAGCCACCCAGGGCAUCUACCCCCUCCAAAACGUUCACAUCCGCAAGGUCAAGCUCCUCAAGUCGCCCAAGUUCGAGCUUGGUGCCCUGCUUGCACUGCACGGCGAGUCCACGACGAAUGAGGACGGCCAGAAGGUUGAGCGGGAGUUCAAGGAGCGGGUUCUCGAAGAGGUCUAAUGGUGACGAGCUCUUUGGAACAUGGUACGGCGUGAGGUUUUUCGCAACGGCAUAUGGUCUCACUUCUGGUUGCAUUUGGUGCGGCUACGGCAGCCGCAAAUAAAAGAGCCUCUCAGAACAGAUGAAUGGGAUGCUUAGCUUCAUGAAAAGAAGUGUUUGAUUUUUUCCACAAUCAGUA